UUUUUGCAUUUCGAUGUUCCUUCUCAAACACUGGGAGCAGCUGCAUUUGCUGUGAAGCCGAUGUAGAAGGCAUCCUUUUUUCAUGUGUCUGAUGUUGGAGAUCGUGGUUCAUUUUAUUUAUUUCAAACUGUUUCUUGCUCUUACAAGUUGAUCUCCUGGGGACCGGACAGCUUUGCAAGCAAAAGAAAGAAACGAAAAAAAAAAAAAGGAGAGAGACUUUUUUUUCUUUUUUUUUUUUUUACUCACGUUGUUGCCUACGGCUAUUUUUGGACCUCAUCUUUAUGCAUGUGGCUGUUUUAUACAGAAGACUUGGAUGCAUUUUCUGGAGUUUGUUGGGUUUUUUUUUUGUAAUUUUUUUUUUCCCCACCCCUUAUUAUAAAACAAUUUAAUUUGCAUCCUGUGCAAUGAGUUUGGAUGUAAGACAUCACACGUUUUCAAGGAUUGCUCAAUUUCUUCUUGCACCUCAACCAUAACCCUGCUCAAAGGAAGGACAAGGACAGAGGCGGGGGGUAAGGAUACAUAAAGUACCCCAAAGACACAGACUGCUCAGACAGACAGCAGCUCAGACACUUCACAGUACUAUCUGUGAACACAGCAACUCUGGGAUUUUUACAGAGAAUUUCUCCUCUUCAGUGCUCCACAAAAGAAAACAACUGUGCGUCAGCAAUAUAUCCACACACAUAUAUAUAUUUCUUUUCUAAGUCUGAGAUUUUUUUUAAAUCUCAAGUCCUUCAAGCACUAAUCUUCGCAUACAUAGUAACUUUCAACAGAACAAGACGUUGCACAUCUAUAUAUAAACAUACAUAUAGAGAUAUAUGUAUAUUUCAGUAUAUACAUUGGACUAAGGAGGAAUCAAAACGACUUCUUUAUUACACCCCUGAAAUGAGACGUAAUAUUUCUUAAGGUUGGCUUUAAAGGUUGGCAUCUGGUGUGUCGUUAGCAUAAGGUGCCCCUUAGGGAAUGAUUCCCAUGCUUUCCUGCCCUGCUCUGUGUGCAGGGAGCCCUGCGUGAAUGUACACCGCCCUGCAUCUCCUGCUCUCUGUAGCAGUAAUAGCAGCCCUACGGCCUCCUGCACCUCCCUGAGCUGGGUUCUGUGUCUGCUUCUGCUGCAGCAGCACCGUCGACUGGUGAUAUCACCCACCACCCUGUCCUUCUGGAGAAGUGGCAGUUGUGUCCCUGCAUAAUCAUCCCAUUUUUCAGCUCUGCUCCUCUUGUUCGUCUGUAUCUCUCCUUUCGCGCCCCCACUUUUUGGCCGGGAGUGAUGUUGCACGUGGAGAUGUUGACGCUGCUGUCUCUGCUGCUCUGGAUGUGUGUUUGCAGCCAGGAUCCUGGCUCCAAGGUGGUUGCUGAUCGCUAUGCAGUGUACUGGAACAGCACCAACCCCAGGUUCGUAAAAGGAGACUACCAUAUUGAUGUCUGCAUCAAUGACUACUUAGAUGUGUUUUGCCCUCAUUAUGAAGACUCUGUUCCUGAAGACAAGACAGAACGCUAUGUUCUCUAUAUGGUGAACUUCGAUGGAUACAGCUCCUGUGACCACACAUCCAAAGGCUUCAAAAGAUGGGAGUGCAAUCGACCCCACUCUUCAAAUGGACCCUUAAAGUUUUCGGAAAAAUUCCAGCUCUUCACUCCAUUUUCUUUAGGAUUUGAGUUCAGACCAGGGAGAGAAUAUUACUAUAUAUCUUCUGCAAUUCCAGCGAAUGGACGAAGAUCAUGUCUGAAGCUCAGAGUCUACGUCAGACCAGCAAACAGCUGUUUGAAAACUAUAGGUGUUCAUGACCGUGUUUUCGAUGUUAACGACAAAGUAGAAAAUUCAUUAGAACCAGCAGAUGACACAGUUCAUGAAUCAGCUGAGCCGUCCCGUGGUGAAAACUCAGCACCAGCACCGAGGAUACCAAAUUGGCUUUUGACGACCCUACUGUUUCUUCUGGGGAUGCUUUUGACAUUAUAGCACAGAAUGCUUCACUGAGCAGCUCCACAAAAAUCAGGGUCUUCAAACAUCAAAGAUCCACUAAACUGCUUCUCCCUAGAAAAUACCUUAUUAUUAUUAUUAUUAUCUUUUCUGUUUAUUUUUUAAUAGCAUAACUUUUUUUUUUCAUUUUGCAUUUAACAUUAAUUUCAGAAGAUUCUUUAUGCUACAUACACUAUCAUGUGGACAUUCCCUAUCUUUUCGGGACUUUAAAAAAAAAAUGAAAAAAAUUGAACUGUUUGUUGAAAAUGCCAAAUUUGAAAAGUGACACUAAUGAAUCAAAUUUUUUUUCUUGAAUUCAUUUCUACAAAAUCACUUAAUUUGGCUGAUUGUAUUGUGCUUACGAGAUGGACCUAUGAAGACAAAAAAAGGUCUGAAAAAGAAUUUGGAGAUUUAGCAAACAGCAUGGCAGAAAUGUACUUUUAGAAUGGACAAUGGGCAAUGUUACCCUAUUCAGAAUGCGAGGAGCUGGUACAAAUAUGUAUUUCAUAUACCUUGGAUCUUUCAAGGAACAUUUAUCUGAAAAAAGAACAUUUGAUGGAUACACUGAGUGCAUCUGAUGGAAAAAAGGUUUCAACAAACAUAGGUUGAAUUAUUUUUGGUUUCAAAAUGCUUUAACAGAUUGUAAGCAGUGUCAAUAGAUGUGAAGAGUGAAUCACCAUUUCCUAAUGUCAAUAGGUAAUACUAGAAUGAGAUUUCCAAGGUGCUACAUUAAGUUUUUCUUAUUAUGAUAGAACAAACAGGAUUUUUGUUUUUCAAGUGGCCUUGUCCAAAGUUAACAUAAACAAGAGACAGGCUACUAAAUGCACCACGUUGGUAGUUGUAGUUACAAAUAACAUGUACAAAGAGGAGUACUGGGUUUAUGUAUGUCCAGCGCUAUCUAUCUUUUGAAUUUAUAGUUUUCUUGGAAACUAAAUCAUACUGAAACGUACGCACGGGAAGCAGUGAGCUCUGCAAAGAGUUAAAAAAAAGAAAGAAAAAAACAACUGGAAUUUGUUGAUAAUUGUCUUUGUUUCUUUUUUUUUUUUAUCAGCCAUUUAUCCUUAUGUUUCAGAUAAACUAUGAUGCAUAUUCUGCAUUUAAUCAAAACCCCCAGCACAAGGGGUACAACAUUGUAAAUCGGUAAAUAAUAUAGGCUCCCGAAGACUUUAACAAAUACUAUUUUAAAGAGAACAUCUGGUAUGUGUAUUGUUUAAAAUAAUGUUAUGAUGACAAUGACUAAGUACUAUGUAUAAACAUAGAAUUACUGGUAAUCUUUAAUAUAUCAUCGUACAAUGACCUAUUUUAGAAGCAGGAUAUUAUGUCAGAGCUGGCUAUGAUCUAGCUCAGUGGUUCCCAACCCAGUCCUCGAGUACCCCGUACCGUUUCAGGAUUUAGGGAUUACCUUGUUGUGUCUAAAGUGUUAUUUUUUUCUAAAAACACCUUAGACAGAAUUCGGUAAUCCCUAAAUCCUGGACUGUUAGGGGGUACUUGAGGACUGAGUUGGGAACCACUGAUCUAGAUAGCAAUGGGUGAAUCUUGGCA